AUGUCGUUGUGGUUUUACUGUGGCAAUAAUUUUCAUGAAUCCAAAUCACUUGUGUUUUCCAUCAACCUCCCAUUGCCUCACGACGGAGAUAUCCGCCACCGUGAAACCACAACCACCAGCCUCCAUCACGGUCGUCUGCAACACCCUUCGUCUCCUCUGAUUCCGCGCAACCAUCAAAACCCAACAUCAUCACAACACAGUCAUCUGGACUCGACCAACGACAACUCAGAUUCCUUCGUCAUUUCCGUGACCUCCCUCCACAUUAAAUUCUGUUACAACAACCAUCUCUCCAUCCAACUCCUGCCGCAUCACACCGGCGACCCCUCUCAUGCUUGCACCGCCACGGCCGCUCCGUCCGACUACCUUCAUUCGGGUGACCCGUUUUUCCUUUUACUUUCAGUGUUAUUUUGUUGUUUCAAUUCAGGUUGGAGAAAGGAAUUAUUGAUGGGUAUUAUUGAAACUUUUGAAAAGAAGAGAUAA